AUGAAGAGUCUUGGGUUAGUCGAAAUCAGUUUGCUUUGCUGUCUCUUUAUCUAUCUCCGUGUAGAUUCCGUCUCCUCUCUAAACUCUGAUGGUUUAGCUUUACUUUCGCUUCUCAAGCACUUUGAUAAAGUACCACCUCAAGUAGCUUCGACGUGGAAGAACAACAACACAUCCGAAACCACUCCAUGUAACAACAAGUGGUUCGGUGUCACUUGUGAUAAUUCCGGUAACGUCUUGACUCUUAAUUUAAGCACAUCUGGGGUUUCAGGCCAAUUAGGCUCUGAAAUUGGGGAGCUCAAGAGCUUAGUGUCUCUUGAUCUGAGUCUCAACAGUUUCUCUGGUCCAUUGCCUUCCAGUUUAAGAAACUGCACUUCACUUGAGUAUCUAGAUUUGUCUAAAAACGGCUUCUCCGGAGAGAUUCCAGACAGUUUCGUUACCUUGCAGAACAUGACGCAUCUGUACCUCACCUCAAACUUCUUCACAGGUGUGUUGCCAGACUCUUUGUUCCAGCUUCCCUUGUUGCAAACGCUGAAUCUUGAUCGCAACAAUCUUACCGGUCCGAUUCCUGCAAGCGUUGGUCUGUUGAAGGAGCUUGUAGACCUGACUCUGUCCCAUAACGAGUUGUCUGGUUCCAUCCCCGAGUCGAUUGGGAACUGCAGCAAGCUGGAGUAUCUGUACCUGAACAAGAACAAGCUUAAUGGUUCUUUGCCAGAAAGUCUCAAUCUUCUUGAGAAUCUUGGAGAGCUGUUUGUCAGUAACAACAGUCUUGGAGGUAGGCUUCGUUUCGGUUCCAAAAACUGCAAGAAGCUGGUGACUUUAGAUCUGUCCUACAACGACUUCGAAGGUGGUGUUCCUCCUGAGAUUGGCAAUUGCACUAGUCUCCAGGGUCUAUACAUUGUCAAAUGCAACUUGACAGGUACAAUUCCAUCAUCCUUGGGAAUGUUGAAAGAGGUUUCGGUUGUUAACCUCGGCGAGAAUCGUCUCUCUGGGACUAUCCCACAAGCGCUAGGGAACUGCAGCGGCUUGAAGACCUUGAAGCUGAACAACAACCAGCUCCAAGGUGAGAUACCUUCUGGAUUGGGUGAGCUAAAGAAGCUACAAAGCUUGGAGCUUUUCGUGAAUAAGCUCUCCGGUGAGGUUCCUAUUGGUGUGUGGAAGAUUCAGAGUCUGACACAGAUGGUUUUUUACAACAACACUCUCACCGGGAAGCUACCUGUUGAAGUGACUCAGCUGAAGAGCCUUAAGAAGCUUAUGCUGUUUAACAAUAGGUUUUAUGGAGAGAUACCGAUGUGUUUAGGUGUGAAUAGAAGCUUAGAGGAGGUGGAUCUUAUUGGUAACGGUUUUACAGGGGAGAUACCUCCAAAUCUCUGCCAUGGGAAGAAGUUGAGGUUUUUCAGCUUGGGUUCUAAUCAGCUUCAUGGUAAGAUACCAUCAUCUGUUCGUCAGUGUAAGACUCUGGAGAGACUCAUCCUUGGAGGGAACAAGCUUUCAGGUGUUCUUCCUGAGUUUCCUGAGAGUCAUAGUCUUGACUAUGUAGACCUCAAGAGCAACAGCUUUGAAGGAUCCAUCCCUAGCAGCUUGGGAAGCUGCAAGAGUCUCACGACCAUCGACCUUUCAAGAAACAAGCUCACUGGUCUGAUACCUCAAGAAUUGGGAGAUCUGCAAAACCUUGGGUACUUGAAUCUUUCACAUAACCAUCUGCAAGGUCCUCUGCCAUCUCAGCUGUCAGGCUGUGCGAGAAUUAUAAAGUUUGAUGUUGAGUCCAACUCAUUAAACGGUUCUGUUCCAUCGAGCUUCAGAAGCUGGAAAAGCUUGUCCACUUUAAUUCUCAGCGGUAAUCAGUUCUCAGGAGCCAUCCCACCGUUCUUGGAAGAGCUUGACGACCUCUCAGAUCUGCGGAUAGCUAGAAAUGCUUUUGGAGGUGAGAUUCCUUCUUCCGUUGGCUUGUUAAAGAGUCUGCGUUAUGGCUUAGACCUCAGUGGAAACGGAUUCACUGGCGAGAUUCCAGCUGCGCUUGGGGAACUUAUCCAUCUCGAACGGCUCAACAUAUCCAACAACAAGCUGAGAGGGUCUUUAUCAGUUCUUCAACGUCUUGCUCUCAGCUCCUUAUCACAGGUUGAUGCCUCGUAUAAUCAGCUCACAGGUCUAAUACCGGAGAAGCUGUUGUCGAAUCCAUCAAUGUUUGUGGGGAAUCAAGACCUCUGCAUUCUAUCUUCUUACUCAGUAAGUGCUGUGACUCGGAAAGAGUUUAAGUCUUGCAAAUUUGAAACCAGACUUAGCACCUGGAAGAUCGCUCUUAUAGCAGCUGGCUCUUUUAUAUCUGCAUUGGUUUUGGUGUUUGCUCUCGUUUUGGUUUUCCUCUGCUGCAAGAGAGGAGUCAAGACAGAAGAUUCUCAAGUCCUCGACGAGGAAGAAGGCGUUUCCUUGUUGCUUAACAAAGUUCUCGCAGCCACUGACAAUCUAGAUGACAAGUACAUGAUUGGAAGAGGAGCUCACGGAGUUGUUUACAAAGCCUCUUUAGGGUCAGGAGAAGAAUACGCAGUGAAGAAACUCAACUUUGCAGAACAUGUACGCGCAAACCAAAAUAUGAAGAGGGAGAUAGAGACAAUUGGGUUGGUUAGGCACAGGAAUCUCAUUCGGUUGGAAAGGUUUUGGAUGAGGAAAGAAGAUGGCCUGAUGCUGUACAAGUACAUGCCAAAUGGAAGCUUACACGACGUUCUUCACAGAGGUAAUCCAGGAGAAACCGGUCUUCAGUGGUCUGCACGGUUCAACAUAGCCCUUGGGGUCGCACACGGGCUAGCGUAUCUACACCAUGAUUGUCAUCCACCGAUCAUUCACCGUGACAUCAAACCAGAGAACAUACUCAUGGACUUGGAUAUGGAGCCUCACAUUGGAGAUUUCGGGUUGGCUCGGAUUCUAGACGACUCAACAGUUUCAACAGCUACCAUUACAGGCACCACUGGCUACAUUGCACCAGAAAAUGCUUACAAGACAGUGAGAAGCAAGGAAUCAGAUGUUUACAGUUAUGGAGUCGUUUUGCUGGAGCUGGUAACGGGAAAGAGAGCAGUGGACAGAUCUUUUCCGGAGGAGACCGAUAUUGUAAGCUGGGUGAGAUCUGUAUUAAGCAGCUACGAGGAUGACGAUGAUAUUACUCGUCCAAUUGUUGAUCCAAUGCUUGUGGAUGAGCUUCUGGAUACGAAGCUUAGGGAACAAGCAAUCCAAGUUACAGACUUGGCACUUGGGUGUACGGACAAGAGGCCAGAGAACAGACCGUCCAUGAGAGAUGUGGUGAAAGAAUUAACUUAUGUGAAACAUCUUGUAAGAAGCAUUUCUGGUUCAGGUCAAUAA